CAGGAUGCUGCUAUAUUCCUCCAAGAGGGACAGAAUAAUGACCAAUUUAAGACCCACCCCUCCCGUGAAACAAUGCGAUGGUACCUCCGAGCUCACUCUACAUGUUUCUAUUUGGUGGAUAUGGUGGCUUCUUUGCUUCUUCUUUGUCUGGCACUCACUGAAAGACCUGGCAAUGGAGACGUUUCAGCAAAUGAUAUAUUGUUUUUGCCAGUACCCGUAAGUAGUUAAAGGAACUGUGUCACAAAAUUCAGUCAAAUUAGGUCAUUUCAAAAUGCCCGUUAAAUUAAGAGAAACGUAAAAAUAACCACUUAAAACAUUAAAGGAAGGUUAAAAUAACACAACAGAUACAACAGAUGCCACAGAUGGGCAAAACUGAAGAAGACUGAAAUGGAUUGAAAUUAGGAUUUUUGAAAACUGUUCAGCCUAACAGUUUUUCAAAGUUGAUCUCUGCUGUUGGCAACUUCAAAAAUAAUGCUCAGGAGACAUAUUUGUUUGUCUCGAAUCUCUGAUUUUGUCAUUUCCAUGUAAUUUCUUUGCAUACUUUAAGUUCCAUAACAAUUGAGGGUGAGUAAUUGGCAAAAUUAAACAAAAUGAACUGGACUGUCGUGACACAGCCCCUUUAAUGCUACCAUCUGGUAUAUAGCUCAAAUGGGUGGCUCUUAGAUGGUGCACUNACUUCCUUUUCUUUUUUAUCUGGGAAUUGUUACACCGUUUCAGUUUUUUUGGGUAAAUAAUAAAACCCCCAGGGCCCCGCCCAGAGUUUCUUUCCCUUUAGGGCUUAAACCCGUGCUGUAAAAAAACCCCUCAAGAUAUAAAAGAUCCCCCCCCCCCCCCCCGCCCCCGAGCCUGUCUGAAAGCAUAUUCACAGACUAUGCUACAAGCAGUCAAAACAUUCCUCCACUCAGUGGUACAUCACCCUAAGAAGUCCAUUUAUAUUUUGUAUUUGUGUUAAACUUUGUAGCUGUUUGACCAUCAUCAAAUUUUUCCCUAUACAGUGAACUUUCUUUAAGAUGCAAACCUUUGGGGCCCACUCUAAGUGUCUGUCUAACAGUAAGAGUGAUGCUGUCUUAUAGAGAGUUAAAAAGGGAGUAUAGGAAAGCAGGGACCAAUAAUUAUUCUAGAUGUCCGUUUUACUUAGUGUCUGUCUUAUAGCGGUGUCUGUAAAGAGAGUCAACUGUAAUGCCGUUGCUGAAAGAAAUAUGAUGAGAAUAAAAAAGCUUAGCAUAAUUGGUAAAAGCCCUUUUGCUCAGUAACAUUGUAAUUGGUCAGAAUGGCCAUCUCCUAACUAAGCAAGUGAGGAUUUGAUGUAAUCUCAUGCAUACAACCUUUUGUGAUCAAUUUUCAGGUCCAUGGAGCUCUUGAAAUUUUUUCAUUGUCAGUCAUUGCUUGUGGAUGUGGUGUGAAACUUAAGUGGCAAGGAGCAAAGUUCUACUUUACUCACAAGAGGACACUUUUCAAGGUUUGAGGCUUCACACUAAUUAUUGCACAUAUCAACUGCAAACAGUUGGUACCUACAGUUUCAUGUUUAUCUUACGUUUUUAUGACUUUCCACACGUUUUUGUCAGUUGUCUUUACAAACUUGAUGAAGUUGUGGUAUAUGUUACAACAAAAAACAUCUGUUUCUUUGAACUUAUAAAAAUGCAGCAUUACCCAUUAUUCCAAGUUAAAUAUUAUUUAAUAACUUAAUAUCAAUAAUUUCCAUGUAAUUUGUAAACCUUCAAAAUAUGUUCUUUUGUACUCCACACUGAGGCAGGUGAAAAUUAUCUAAGUCAUCAGCUUUGAAAGAGGUAGAUGUACUGUUUGUGCAGUCAACUUAGGGCAUGUUAUUUUUUUUAUAUCUUUCGAAGCAGCUUAAUAAUGAAAGUGAACCCUUUAUGAAUGCAGCAUAUUAUUUACUGUACCUAGCGUUUAAGUAGGAGGAUUGUGUUUCGCUUAUAAACACCUUAAGCCAUUGUGGUAAAAUACGAAAAAAGUGAAUAACCCCAAAUGUUCUUUCUUUUGUUUUUUAAAGAAAAGAAAAAAAAAAAAGUUGCUCAUUAAAUGUUAAGUCGUGAGCUUGAAUUGCUGUGAUUAGAAAGCAAGCUGGAGGUACCACAUCACGCCAUUUUAUUUCUUUCUUUUCCCACUAUAGAUUGUUAUUUUAGUUGUGAUGUACGCAGAAGCAAUUACCGUUCUUAUAAGAAUGGAGAAUCACUUCCGAGUUACGCGAGCUCUGCGACCUCUGUUUCUGAUAGACACUCAUUACUGUUAUGGAGUGAGAAGGUAAGCAUUAUUGGGCAUGCUUUGCAUUUUUGGAAGUAUUAGUUAUUAUUUUAAAAUUUAACAACUGCAUCACCAUAUGGAGGUUGGGUGCCUGCAGUAGCUCCACUUUUGGUAGCCAGCCCCUAGAAUGAAUAAUGACUCCAUGGCUAGCACAACCACGUAACCCAGCCAUGAGCAUCUGCAAAAGGAAAAACAGGCACCUGUCACAGUGAAAAAAUAUCAGUGGGAAAAAAACAACAAGGAGGGGGUGGGGCAUUAAAACUGGCUGAAAGAGAAACGUUCUGGCACAAAAUGCUGCAUAAAGGAACCUCCUCGUGCCACGGAAUCACAUGAAUGAUGUUAGCCAUGAACAAAUAGACCAACCAUAAAGCAUUAGCACUGAAGAUGCUCUUUGUUGUUAGCUACUUUGAAUUGCAUUUAAAUGCAUUCUAUAUUAUAAUAAUUUAUAUUAUUGAUUGUAGCACUGCAUAUUGUUCUCCCUGUUUUCCCUAGGCUAUAACUAAGUUUGUUUUUACAUUACUUCUGUUUCCUCUACAGGAAUUCCAAAGAAAUAUUUCUUUUAGUUUAUUCUCUGCUCAGUUUCUUGUCUUUGGUUGUUAAAGGCUGUCUGAAUAUGAUUUUUUUUCUGUGCCCCACAGAUCCCUUCGACAAAUUCUACUCUCACUUCCACCCAUUUUGGAUAUGCUGAUCCUUUUAUUGUUUGUCAUACUGAUAUUUGCAAUGUUGGGUAAGCUGAUGAUUAUGAGAGUGAUUGUUUUAUUGUUCAUUCAAAAUAUUUCCAAGCUUAUAGUAUGCUUACAUCUAUGAUGUUCUUGUCUUCAAAUAAAAUGUACCUUUUCCCCAGCAGGGAGCAUCAGAUUUUUUCUUUGGAAAAGUGUUUCUCAUCUUUCCAGCGCGUUCUCAUCUUUCUGUGUAUUCAGGGACGGCAACUUUUUUCGAAAAGAAUUAUUUGACUACCAGUUGAAGAAUGCCAAGCCACUUUUUAGGCAAACUCCCAUGACGGCCUUGUGCAGGAAUUUUCAUGUUAUCUGAUGGCCAGCUUGCAAAACUUAGGCUCCAAAAUUGAAACUAACUUGUAAGACAACCAUAAGUUAAACAUAAAUCCAAACUUAUAUGUUUUGUAAAGGAAAGUCAUCAACGGCAUGUUUUAGCAUAACUUUUCUUCCGUAAAUGGCAGGCGACGUAAGAGGUCGCGAAACUAGCUAGUCUGUUUACUCAUAAAAAACAACAUAAAACAAAGAAAAUCUAUCUCCUCUAUUUAGCUGUGCAUUUUAGGUCACUUUAAUUCCAUUUUUAUUAAUAACUGUCUUUUACCCGAGUUUGAAGUAAAUAUUUAUUUUCUACAUCUUUAUGUAGCUUAGGGACAAAAAGCCCUGUCAUUACUGUUAACAUAAGAUGGUGAGGCAUAUGUUUUCUUGCUUAUAGAAACUGUUAACUUUCUUCACAGGAUUUUAUUUGUUUUCUGACAAUGAUGAAGAUGAGGUUUGCCUUUGCUUGUUAUUAUCUCUCUCAUAUUAAUUAGGAGUUACCAGCAAUUAAUCUAUUACUAAAAAUGAUCCCAACAUAUCACGUCAGUCUCGCAGUUAUAACGCAAGUUAUACCCUGGGAUUGACAAGGCAUAAUCUCUGGAAUUGCUGCAAGAAGCUUAAGGUGGCUCGACUGGAUUUUUUUAGGGGGAUACCUCCCAAGUUUGAGCAUUAACUACGUCGGCAUGAGUAAAGAUACGGAAAAAAAGUUACCACAACUGUAUUAUAUAAAGAUGAAAAUUUCUUAUGAUCUGGGUUUUAUUGCAAUCGGAGUCUCCAUGGCAAUGUAAUGAUGCCAUUACGUUUUUCAUUUAUCUUUGUGUUUCUCUGUACCAGGAGUUUUUUGAAGAAAUCGCUUAAGGGAGUAUGUACCUGCCAUAAUUGCCUCCAUUAUGGCAAAGUUUAUAGAAAUUCUAUGAGAGCGUUUUCGAAAUAUUUUGAAAUGCAGUUUUAAGAAUCAUCAAAGCAGUGAAAUAGCAUUCUAGCCGCACAAUUCGUUAAUAUUUUAAGAAAAUGAUAAGCUUUGGAAUCAUGGCUUCAUCUCAUAGUGGUUUGAAUCCAUUGAAAACUGCAUACAAAAAAGAGGGGAAUUGCUCUGGGCGAUCGCUAGUAAGAAGAAUUUUAUUAACUUGGAUUCAGCUGCUUUUGAUACAGUUUUUGGAGGUAAUUUGGCCUAUGCCUAAAAAUUUCGCAUUUUUCCACAAACCGCUCGAUAAAUUUUUUUAUAAAUUCGACAAUCCCGAGAUCAAUCGUCAAGAAAUAUUCCCUGCAAGUUUCAAGAACAUUGAAACUAGGGAAGGCUGUUAAAUAGGGCCUCAAACAUAACCAAUUUCCCCCCUAGAUUUUGUGUUUACAAGUGGGCCUCCUAAUUAUUCACUGGCAUUGUUUUCAAGUUUCAUAUGCACGUGCACAACUAGCAAAAGAUAUAAAUUUGCAUAAAAAAGAACUCUCGAUUACUUUCCAAAGAAACAUCCGAAAUAUGCUAAUAAUUGGCUUGUCGUCACCGAUAGCAGUGAGAGCUGAAAUGGUGAAUGCCACGGCUCAUCGUGUAGGAUGCAAUACUUAAUUAUCUUACUCGGAUUAUAACAUCACAGAUGGGGCAUAUUUGGGGCCCUAUUUAAAAGCCUUCCCUGUUUUCAAUGUUCUUAAAACUUGCAGGGAAUAUUUCUUGACGAUUGAUCUCAAAACGCUUAUAAUUAAAACAAAACGCUUAUAAUUUAAACAACCUUACCUGUUUUACCUUCAACAAACCAAUUUAAAGCAGGGUUGCAUAUCUUGUUUUGCUACUCAGUUUGUUUUAAAGUGAGUUUAAGGUGAAAGUCAUUACAGAACUAAUAAGAGAUUUGAAAAUGCUUGCACAGUCAGUUACAGGUGCAUGCUCUUACUUUUCUUGUCAUUGGUGCUAAUAUUCUCUAAUGUUAGGCAUUACCCCACAUGAACUAACUUGCAUCCCAUCCAAGGGUAAUGUCAGUACUCCUGUUCUUUAUACUAUUAAAAUAGAACUGGCAUGUGCUCUGUUGUCUUGGGUGUUCUCUAGCUCACACUUGAAUUUACCAUGAAUUUAAAAAGUUAUGACAGUUCUUAACAAAGAUUCCGCCAUAUAUGUGUAACUUGUAACUAAACUAAGUGCAUAAUGCAGUCUUUGUUGACAAAUACUUUUCUGAAAAUAGUUCUUCAGCAGUUUUGGAAGAAGUUUCAUCAGUUUAUUUGUGUUGCUGACUACAGCUAAGUAUGUUUAUUUUCUGAUAAUAAUAAGCUGAAAGGUUAUUGAUUAUUAACAGAAGCACCUCUUUUUAAAGGUCAAAUUUGAUUUCAGGCUAAAAUAUUUUUAACCAGUACGCUGAUCCUCAAUUUCCAUAAUGUCUCCCAGAAUAUAUUUAGAAUGAAACUAGAUGAUAGACUUGAAUUCCACAAAUUAGUACCUGUAGAUGCCUUUAGAAUGAAGUCCUAGCUCCACUGUUACCAGUUACUCCCAUGUUUUAUAUUUUUGUUGUUCAUGAUAUAUAGACAACAUAAAUUCCCAAAAUAUACUUCAUGUAAAUAUUUCUUUGCACUUUAGCUAUCCAGAUGUGAUGAUGCCUUCCUACAAUCAAUCACGCUGGUUUGUCAUCUACUUUGCCGUCUACAUUUCAGUAACUCUUUACUUCCUUAUGAAUUUGGUAAGAAGGAACUCUACUAGGUUGUAUCGUUUGUGGCAGUACAUUGAGGUUUUUUAUUUAUUUCACUUGACUGUGCGGUCUCCAAAGCUGAAAGUUGCAUGUAAUAAUUUUUUUUGUUCUCAACCUCAAGCGCUCUUUUUAUGCAAAAUACUAUGUAAUUUCAUGACAAAAUAAUAAUAGUAAUAAUAAUGAUAAUUGCUGCGGAGCGACCGAAGGGAGCGAGCAGCAACAUAAUCAGGAUUUAAAGGAAAUAUAUAAGGGGCGACGAAUUCUCGAAUUCAUCACUUUUUACCACAAUGCAUUGCAUUUAACCACACUUUUUACCACAAUGCAUUGCAUUUAACCAGAGUGCAUUGCGCCACGAACAACUCAAAUAAAAACAAAAGGAAGUUUGGUGGGUGAGAGAGUGCAUUGUUCGCUGCUCAAACUUAGAGUUAUCUCUGUGGCAAAUUUUCUACAGCACGGUUAGAGGUCUUACCAAAUUUUAAGACACGCAGGAGUCUUUCAGAUGAGUACGAUGGUUAACUUGGGGAUUGGAUUUCAAUUCAAGAGCCUUUGACUCAUCCAGGUGUUAAACCUGACAAGAAGAUGAGCAUUUGCUCUUCGACUCCGCAACACGGGGCAUAUACAAAUUCCAGCUUGCUAGAAGGUGAUGUGAAAGUGAGAAAAUGUCAUGCAAUGCUGUUCUGCAGAAACUGUAUGAGCCGAAAAUGGAUGUGAUUUUGACCAAUUCGCUUCAAAAUAACAGCGGAAAUCGAGAUAAGAAAACAUAUGUUUUGUGUCCUACUUUGCAGACGAGGACGUGUAUCGGCGUUUUGAAAAGCAUAAUUAUGUUCUUUCAUUCAUUCAUUGCCAUGGAAUAUGCGUUUACAUUGUUUUUUCACUGUUAAUAGCUCUGUUAAUGCGGCUGGCGAUCAUCUUACCGGCGGAAGUUUCAUGGAAAAGGAAUAAAAUGAAAGACUUUUCCACAAAAUUAUGUAAUCAGCUUCUGUGGUGUAGUGGUUAGGUGCAGUCGCGUCCAGUCAAGCGUGCUGGGUUCGAGUCCUACCGGAUUAUUUAUACCCACUUUCUUUUUUUUCCGUUUUUUGUGUUGUUGUUUUCUAUAAAUAUAUAGCUAAAUAACUGUUACUUAAUAAAGUGCAACAAACAGCAAGAAAAGUAUUGUGUUUCCAGAGAAAAUAUCGUGCACCGUAUAUUAAAUAUAUGGAUAAACAAUCUGAAUUUCUAUUAUUUCCUACAAUUUACUGUGGGAAAACCAGAGUUGAUAACCACUUGAUCAUUUUCUAAACAACAUUCCCACGAGUUCUUUCUAUAGACUGAUAGUAAUUAUUCUAGCACUUUCCAACAUGUAAAUAGGACAUUCAAUGUCAUUUUUGAUUCUUUUAAGUCUCACUGCCUAACUAUCAACACUGCCAGUGCCAGUAUCAACAGAAUGUGCCGCAGCAUUACUAUCUUUUAGAUACCCUAGUAAUAAUAAUAAAGCACAUUCCUCGUGCAUUGCAGAAAACUGUUUUCAACUGUUUAUUUUUUGUAAAAUCAUCGGUAUAGUUGAAUAAGUUGUCACUCCUUUAAUAGCAUUUCAUCCAUAUAUUUCAAAGAAGUGUAAAGGAAACUCAGACCUCUGAUGUGAAAAGAAUCAGAUCUACUCAAAAAUUCAGACUGGCAAGACUCCUUAAAUAAAACAAACCUUUGAACUUUUGCAAGAGACAAUAUUUUGUGGCCUUGUAACAUACCAUUUUUGGGUUUCAAUGACAGUAAUUUCUCCUUUUAAUAUCAGCUUCUGGCAGUUGUUUAUGACACCUUUACCAACAUUGAAAAGGAUAAGUUUAGAAAGCUGUUCCUUCACAAGAGGUAAAAAUAAUAUCUGGGUAUAUAGACUUAAUUUAAAGUUACUGUUAAAGAGUUGUUUUUGCAGAGGGUAUAAUAGUGAAGUUUUGAAUAUAAGAAAAUCAUAUAUGUGAACUGCAGAGUGAAGAAUUAAAUGAAGGAUGAUCAUCGCAGUUAUAUACGCAACUUUUGCAGUUGCAAAAAGAAAGCCUGAAAAAAAUUCAGGCUUGUACGGGAUUCGAACCCUUGACCUCUGUGAUACCGGUGCAGUGCUCUACCAAUUAAAUAAUAAAUUGAAUAGCUCCAAGUGCCCCUUUUUUGAGAAAAGGGGAUUGGGGGCACUUAUUUGAAGAAAGGUGUUUAUAAAUUUAAGGCGUGUUUACAUUGUGGCUCAAAUUUUAUUUUCAGUUUGGUGACGUGCUAUUUAAACAUGAAAAGCAGGCAAAAUUUUGUCGUUAGUCUCUCUAAAUGUGUUAGUUAGAUGUUUGCUUUUAAAAGUUAAAACUACUCGAUGAAUUCUAACAUUAAAAUAUCUUUUCAACUUCAAGGCAUGCUGUUAGACAAGCAUAUAAGCUGCUCUGCUGUAGGAAUGUAAGCUUCACAUUUAAUGUAAAGUGUACUGCCUUAUAGUGUAGACAUAUUAUAUUAGAAGCAGCAAUUAUUUAAUAAAGACCAGCUGGCUGAAAAAACAAAUCACUCUCUUCACCUCAAAAGUACAUUCUUUCUCUAAUCAAAAGUACAAAGUUGGCAGUGUUCUUUAAUUCUGAUACUUCUUUCAAAAGUCAGCCCCUUGGCAUUUUUUUAGAAUUUUAAUGGACUUUCAUUAUUAUACACAUUCUAUUUUAUUCUUUAGUAAUCCUUGUUUUGUCAGCAAGCCUUGAUCUACAUAUGCUUGUUAAUAAUAAUAAUUAAUAUUAACAAUACUUUAAAUAUCCACUCCCCUUAUGGAGCUUUGCAGGGAUAAUAAAACAAAUAAUUUAAAUGGCACAUAAUAUGGUUAAAAACCCCAAUGGUAGGAUGCCAACCAGUUGGCUGUUUACAAGCCUGGCUGAGGAUUUGAACUCGGGACUUCUGAGAACCAAUCCAGCUACUAGCAUUCAGGGCUGGGACAUGAGGCCUUCAAAUUACAAGUCCAGCACUCUAACCACUGGCCAUGCUACCUCCAUAUGCUUCACGUAUCAAAGUGAUGCAGUUAAAACACCUUUUAUUUAAAUAAUCAACAUAUUUACAAAUUGCUAAGAGUUAAUUUAAUAUUUUGCUACAGCCUUCUUACAGGAUCCCUUUACAACAUUUUGUUGGCUUGAUGUCCUUCUACAAACCAAAGAGCAGU